UAAAUGAGCGAAGAAUCCAAGAUUGCCUCUACCGACCUAGCCAAUGAUACUGCUAUGAAUAGCAUCAAGGAGCCACAGUUGGAGAAAUUUUCUGCGGUUGAGAAGGCUUCUGACAAUAUUCCAAUUAUCCAAUACAAGGAUAAGUGAUUUGAAAGUAUUGUAAGAAUGUCUGAAUACCAUUCUGAGAGUGCCACCAAGACUAUCCCCCAUACCUACACUAACGAGGAGAAGCUUGACUCCUUGUUUGACACCAACGGCGAUACUAUGAAGAAGUUACAAAUGCUUUCUAAUUCCGAAGUUAAGCAGGAUGAUAUUCCAGAGAUCAAGAAGAGAAUCGCCAAAGCUCUAAUGAAGCAUGAGGAGGAUCAGAAGAAGAGCUACAAGUCUUUGUACCAGUCAAUCUGUAGUAUUCUUUCAGUAGAGAACAACCAAGACAAUGAGACUCCUAUCCUAGCAUCAGAUCGUGAACUCAUGAGUCUCAAGAGCCAAGAAGAGAAACUGAAGAAGUCACUGGAGGCUAAUAAGAAGCUCCAGGAUAUUACUCAAGAAAUGGCCGAAGAGGUGAAGAAAGAUCCAUGUUUCAAGGAGGCUGAUGACUCUAAGAAAGCAGAAAUCACUAAAGCUCCAGUCAUCGAGGUUUCAGAGAAGCCAGCUCCUGAAGAGACUCAAGUUCCAAAGGAGAAUGAAAUUUCAGUCCCAGAACUUGCAGGAGCUCAAGAACCUUCUAAAGAUAAUGAGAUGCAACAAGAGUCAGUUCAAAAUGAAGAAGUGAAGCAGGCUCCCUCCAUGGAUGUUGAGAUGACUGAAGCUACACAAGCUCCUGCACCAGUUGAAGAAUCAAAUAUCAGGGAACCUCCAGUGAUAACUGAGACUGCUGUAGUACCUGAGAAGACUAUCCCUGAGCCAGCCACAAUUUCUCAACCUCUUGACCAAACUGAGAACCUUGAAGUGAAAACUGCACCUUCAUAUUCCGAACUAGGCGAAUCAGUUCCUGAAAGACAAUCUCCUACUCCCCUCCCAGACAUCCUCGAAAAUCCAGCUAAAGAGAUCGCAUCCUCUCUCUCCAAAAUGAUCCAAGAGACCGCGAUCGAGUCCAUCCCCACUCCACAACCUCCAGUCUCCUCCAUCCAGCCCUCUGCUCCCGUCCACCCCUCUGCUCCUUCCCUCGAACCCUCCUCUACCCUUGCCUCUGAACCCAGAGACAUAAUCCCCGAUCCUUCAGCAGCCCUCAAGAUCCCAUCACCCACUAAUCUUUCACUACCCCCACCACUCUCCACACCCACACCUGAAGAAGUCACUCUUCCCCUCUCUACUACAGAAGUUAGCCCCACUCCAGUAGAACCCAGCAUUCAAGUUGAAGCCACUGAAGCUAACAAGCCAGUGCAACAUCCUGAAGAGAAGAGCACUUAAAUUUG